UAUUUAUUAUUAUUGUGCAUUACAUGUGCCAAUUAUUACCGUAGUAAAUACAAUAAGUAUUUAAUUUACUAUUUUUAUUUUAUCUCAAGUUAAAAAAUUAAUUCAAGACCACGUGUCAGUGUCAUUUCGCUAAAAUAAACAAAGACAUUAAAAAAUGUCUUCUCCGUGCAUAGAAAUAAUUGAGGACAUUGAGGAUCUAAUUUCCUCCCAAGAUAUAACCCCCAAAGAGAGGUACAGCUCCAGAAAAAAAGUAACUAUCAGAUCUAAAAAUAAAAAGGACAUUGAAAAAUUGAACGAAGAACUGCCCGAGGUUCCCGUGCUCUCGAGUAUAAUUCCCGGUACCCAGACGAUUUAUUUAAAAACCUGGGGGUGUACUCACAACAGCUCGGACACCGAGUACAUGGCUGGUCAGCUCGCAGCUUUCGGGUACCAAUUAACCGAAGAAAAAGAUAAAGCCGACUUGUGGCUGCUUAACUCCUGCACAGUAAAGGCUCCAGCAGAGGAUCAUUUUAGAAAUGAAAUCGAAGCUGGACAGAAAAAUGGAAAGCACGUCGUCGUUGCUGGCUGCGUACCCCAAGGAGCGCCAAAGACCGGGUUCCUAAAAGGACUCAGUGUGAUUGGAGUCCAGCAGAUUGACCGCGUCGUCGAAGUAGUAGAGGAAACGCUGAAAGGCAACACCGUGAGAUUUUUGGGACAGAAGAAAGAAGCGGGCAGAAAAAUUGGCGGAGCUUCGCUGUCUCUCCCUAAGGUCAGAAGGAAUCCGCUGAUUGAAAUCAUCGCUAUCAGCACGGGGUGUCUGAACCAGUGCACGUACUGCAAGACCAAGCAUGCAAGAGGACAGCUGGGAAGUUAUCCACCAGAAGAAAUAGUGGCGCGAGCUCAGCAGGCUUUCGAAGAAGGAGUCGUUGAGUUAUGGCUGACUUCGGAAGAUACGGGUGCCUAUGGAAGAGACAUCGGUACCAAUCUCCCGGAAUUGCUGUGGAAAAUAAUUGAGAUCAUACCCGAUGACUGCAUGAUGCGGGUGGGAAUGACUAAUCCUCCUUACAUACUUGAACAUCUUGAGGAAAUAAGCAGGAUUUUAAAUCACCCGCGUGUUUACAGUUUUCUCCAUGUUCCCGUACAGUCGGGUAGCGACCAAGUGCUCGUGGACAUGAAGAGAGAGUACUCGAGAGCUGAGUUCCAGCAGGUCGUCGACUUCCUCAAUGAUAAAGUACCCGGUGUUACCAUCGUCACGGACAUCAUUUGCGGAUUUCCAACUGAAACUGACAAAGACUUUGCAGAAACUAUGAGUCUUUGUAUUAAAAACAAAUUUCCCAGUUUGUUUAUAAAUCAAUUUUUCCCGCGACCUGGAACUCCCGCUGCCAAGAUGCCGAAGGUCCCGACCAAGUUGGUCAAACGCAGGACCAAGGAGUUGUCGGAUUUUUUCCAAUCCUACGAACCCUACGGCCACAAAGUCGGGGAAGUUCAGAGAGUUCUGGUAACCGAAAUUUCUCAUGAUAAAAAACAUUUUGUGGGACACAACAAAUUUUAUGAACAAAUUCUGCUGCCGAUGAAAGAAGAAAUUAUGGGGAAAAUGGUCACUGUUAAAAUUGUUCAAGCGACUAAACAUUCGAUGAAGGCGCAACUUGUUGAUGAUCCGCCUGCAUCAUCACUUAGGACAUUAAAUAAUAAUAAUGAAUCUGUCUCCGUAUCACCAAAUAUUAUGUACCCAUCAAUGUAUAGAAAUUUUGCAAUAAUUGCAAUUCUAUUCGCGUUACUUGCAAGAGUUUUGUGGAGAAUUUUUAUUCUUUGAUUGUCAAUAUUUAUA